AUGCUGCCACCUAGGGGCGGGCGCUGGAAGCUUUAUCCAGAACCUGCCCUGUUUAACUACUGUCACUGUCCAAUCGUUUGUUCUGGAAAGGGUCAUGGCGUUGGAAGUUCAAGCUCCGGACCAAGUGGCUCAGGAGGUGGAGGCGGCGGUGGUGGUGGCAGUGGAGGUGGUGGCAACGGGAGCAGGACAAGUUUAUCACGAUCACGAGCGCGAAUAAUGCGUAGCAGUUCAGCAAUACGUGGUGGAAGUGCUGGUGGUAGCGGUUCAAGUGGAAGAAUCGGACCACCUGGUGUCAUCAUGGGAGGUGGUACAAGUACGGGGGGUGGUAACAGUGGUGGUGGUAGUAGCAAUAGUUCAAGACCAAUUGUGUCAGUACCAGCCCCCUUCGUUCCUGAGGAUUUAAUAUCACAGGCACAAGUUGUGCUCCAGGGAAAAAGUCGUAAUCUGAUAAUACGUGAAUUGCAACGCACCAAUCUCGAUGUUAAUCUUGCGGUAAACAAUUUAUUAUCACGUGAUGACGAGGAGGGUGACGAUGCUGAAGACGCAGCGGACAGCUACGUACCCGAGGAUUUAAUAUCGCUGUUGGAUGGUGGCUUCAGUAACGAGCAUUCAGUUAUCAUUGAUGCUGAUUCAAUGUUCUCAGAGGACGUUUUUGGUUACGGAGUGAUGAGAAGUCGUGGCAGUUCAUCGAGACGUCUCGGAGUGGAACGUGAUGGUCCACUCGAGAGGGGAUCUGGUGAGCGUGAUCGUGAACGUGAUAGUUUCAGCAGAUGGCGCGAUCGUCAGUACUACGGUCCACGAAGAUGGCUUGAAACUGCUCUCAAGGAUUGCUGGGAGAAAGAUCCAGAGAACAAGAAGAAGGAACUAGCAUCACAGAGCCCACUGUGGAUCUCAGAGGAACUCGAGUGGUGGCACGAACGCAGCAGUGAACCAGCACCAAAAUUCGUACAAAUUGCAGCACUCUACACUGAACUAAUUGCAAUAUCAUCAACUGGCCAACUCUAUCAAUGGAAAUGGGCUGAUUCUGAGCCCUACAGGAAUCUUGAUAAUCCAAAUGUUCAUCAUCCAAAGACAGCAUCCCUCGGUCUGACUGGUGAAAAAAUAGUCAAUAUAUCAGCAACAGCGAUACGUUGUUCAGUUAGCACUGAGAGUGGAAAAGUUGCAACAUGGUUGGACGAACUGCUUGGGCAUGUAUCAUCACGUUUGGAGCAUCCAGCACAAGCAUUUACUGAAUUUACACUCGAUAGAAUAGUAUCUCUACACACAUGCGCACUGUAUACUGUCGCCAAAUUGGAGAGUGGGACAUUAUAUUGGUGGGGAGUGUUGCCAUUCGCUCAGCGAAAAAAAUUGUGGGAAAAAUACAAAGCUAAAUCCCGAAAACAUCGGCCAUCGUCAUCAUCAUCAUCGAGUGUUGUAUGCGAUAAUAAUCCAGGAUAA